UGUCUAUAGUUAGGUCUAUGGGUGUUUCUAGUUUUACUCUACUUGUGAAGAGCGCAGUUGAAAGGAGAAGUUAACCGUGGUGGCGAACUGACAUUAAAAGCUGUGGCAUCAUGUCCGAGAAAAGUGAGCUGAAAGCAGAGCUUGAAAGGAAGAAGCAACGCUUGGCACAAAUAAGAGAGGAGAAAAGAAGAAAGGAGGAAGAGCGUAAGAAGGUGGACCAGCAACUGAAAGAAGCUGCAGCUCAGCAGAAUGACUCUGACCUGGAGAAGAAAAGACGUGAAGCUGAGGCUCUUCUUCAGAGUGUGGGCAUAACCUCAGAUGUUUCAGCGGUCCCUCCUCCCACGUCUCCUACUGCCAAAUCAGCAGGGACGCCAAGUGAGGCAGGGAGCCAGGACUCUGAUGGAGCUGUGGGACCCAGGACUCUGCACUGGGACUCUGACCCGUCCACCCUUCAACUUCACUCUGAUUCUGAGCUGGGGCGUGUAACUCCCAAAUUGGGAAUGGCCAAAGUCACUCAAGUGGACUUUCCACCACGAGAAACUGUGUCCUACUCAAAGGAGACCCAGACACCUGCCUCGACGCAGUUGAAAAAAGAGGACGAAGAAGAGGAAGAAAUCACUCCAGCUCAACCAGUAGUCGAAGUUCAAUCUGAGAAAGAGGACCAGAAGGAGGAGGAGGAAGCACCUCCCCAUGAACUGACAGAGGAGGAGAAACUCCAGAUCUUGCAUUCUGAAGAUUUUACAGAUUUCUUUGAUCAUAGCACUCGCAUCAUUGAGCGAGCUCUGUCCGAACACGUGGACCUGUUCUUUGACUACAGCGGCCGUGACCUCGAGGACAAGGAGGGGGAAAUUCAGGCUGGAGCAAAGCUCUCACUUAACAGGCAGUUCAUGGAUGAGCGCUGGUCCAAACAUCGUGUUGUCACCUGCCUAGACUGGUCUCCACAGUAUCCUGAGCUCCUGGUUGCCUCAUACAACAACAAUGAGGAGGCUCCGCACGAACCGGACGGGGUGGCAUUAGUGUGGAACAUGAAGUACAAGAAAUCUACACCAGAAUACGUCUUCCACUGUCAGUCUGCUGUCAUGUCCGCGUCAUUUGCGAAGUUCCACCCGAACGUGGUGGUGGGGGGCACAUACUCCGGGCAGAUUGUCCUCUGGGACAACAGGAGCAACAAGAGGACUCCUGUGCAGAGGACGCCGCUGUCGGCAGCAGCACACACGCAUCCCGUGUAUUGCGUGAAUGUGGUCGGCACCCAGAACGCCCACAACCUGAUCAGCAUCUCCACCGAUGGCAAGAUGUGCUCCUGGAGUCUGGACAUGCUGUCUCAGCCUCAGGACAGCAUGGAGCUGGUGUUCAAGCAGUCCAAAGCCGUAGCUGUCACCUCCAUGUCUUUCCCUCUCGGAGAUGUCAACAACUUUGUGGUGGGCAGUGAGGACGGCUCUGUCUACAUGUCGUGUCGUCAUGGAAGCAAAGCAGGCAUUAGUGAGAUGUUUGAGGGGCACCACGGCCCCAUCACAGGGAUCCACUGCCACACAACUGCAGGACAACUGGACUUCUCCCAUCUGUUUGUGACCUCCUCCUUCGACUGGACGGUCAAGCUGUGGAGCACCAAGAACAACAAACCACUGUACUCCUUCGAAGACAACUCCGAUUACGUGUACGAUGUCAUGUGGUCUCCCACUCACCCUGCUCUGUUCGCGUGUGUGGAUGGAGUUGGUCACCUUGAUCUGUGGAACCUGAACAACGACACAGAGGUGCCGACUGCAAGUGUCACAGUGGAGGGCAACCCCGCCCUCAACAGGCUCAGGUGGGCUAACUCUGGCAGAGAAAUCGCAGUGGGAGACUCGGAUGGACGAGUUCUGGUGUACGAGGUUGGAGAGCAAAUUGCAGUUCCACGAAACGACGAGUGGACCCGCUUCGUCCGCACGCUGGCGGAGAUCAACGACAACAGGGACGACGCGGAGGAGCUGGCAGCUCAGCGCCUGGCUGCAUGAGCUCACCGCCACUGGACGCCACGCUGAAGGGACCAGUUGUGUUCUUGUUAAUGUCAGCUCGUGUUUGAAAGAUGUGAUGGAAAACAUGACUGGAGAAAAAGGUGCUUUUUUUUUUUUUUUAAAUCAGAAAGAAGUACAGACAUCUUUUUAUUUCCAACAGAAUAUUUAGGCAGCUGCCUUCUCAUUUUGCUGGACUGUCACCUGUCUUCCUCAGAUAAACACAAGCGUCAGGGCUUUCAACAUCAGACACUAACAUUAAGCCAUAUUCACUCGUCCCGUCUUCAGCCAGAUGCCUUAAAGUUUAGUUCUAAUCUUGAUUGUAAAAUCAUUGCCAUUGUUAUUUACAGCAUGCAGACACCAGCCUUAAUUUUUAAUUGUUCAAACAAAACGGGUUCCAAUCCACCAGUUCAUGAAAAAAAAUCAAUCAAUCAAUCAUACUGUAGCUGUUUUCCCAUUUCCACGGUAGUUGCAGUGAAGUAAUCACACCUAUAAACACAGGAAUGUUACCAAAUCAUAGUUGUAGCUCAAGUUGAGAAGUCUGCACCUUUGGACUUCAUAAUGUAUGUAUAAUAGUGAAAUGUUCAGUCUUUCUACUUGAAUGUCAUUUUAUACUUCUAUAGUUUUCCCUUAAUCCACACAGCUGGAGUUGGACAAUUGAAAUGCCCAACAGGAUGAUCAUUUAUGCUGUAACCACUCAGUGAUUUCCACAUCUGCUGUGUCUGUCGAUGGGAUCUGAACUGAGAAAACAUACAUCACAGUAGAAACAAACACUUUAAAUGAUUUAUUUCAAUAAAAUACAAUAAAUACAUUUGAAUUAUU